GACGUGACGAAGAUGGCGGCGCUUAAACGCGCGGGAAGCAACUACUUCGUGCUCCAGAGCGACCAGAAGCGGUCCAAUGGAGGACUCAAGCACUCGACGAGCUCUUUCAGCGACCGGCUGAACCAGAUGGACAUCCUCGGGGAAAGCGCGUACUACGUGAUGGGCGACAACCCGAACGAUCCGGAUGUGUUCAACGCCCACGACCAAAGUGGCGGCGCGGAGGGCAUCCUCGGCGGCUUUCUCGAUGAAGGGUCGAUCGAUUAUUGCUGUGACAUCUUGUACCGCAAAUUCGGGUUCCAACUCGGAUCUGUCGACAACCAACGCGAACACGCGCUGCUGCUUCUCGCCAACGCCAAGUCCCGCGAGCGCAUGAACGGCGGUAUCGACCACGUGCUUCUCCUGCAUCGAAAACUCGUGGCGAAUUAUGCUGAAUGGUGCAAGUUCGUCGAGGCCGAGCCCGUGUGGUACGCCGGCGAGUUGAACAAGCGGCUGACGAACCGCCUGCACAUGGAACUCAUGCUGUACUUGUGCAUAUGGGGCGAGGCCGCGAAUGUCCGCCACAUGCCCGAGUGCAUCUGCUACCUGUACCAUCAAAUGAUGCUCCUCCUCAACGGCGAUCUCCAGGUCGUGCAGCCGUUCCCAGAGCGAUGGUACCUGGACGCGGUAAUUCGGCCGAUUUGGUCUGAAUGCGCCGGCAUGACCACGAAAGACGCGCUGGGCAAGCAUCUCGAACACACGAAAGUGCGCAACUACGACGACUUCAACGAGUUCUUUUGGCGCGCGAGUUGCCUCGCGGUGCCAGUGGACCAGGCCGGCGCGCGCCUGCACACGCACCCGAAAACGUACUACGAGCAUCGCAGCAUCUUCACGCUCGUGCUCAACUACUACCGGAUCUUCCACUUCAACUUUAUGUUUCUGUUCCUGUUGGCCGUGCUGCAGUAUUGUGUCACGAUCUCUCCCCGCGGCGGCGAAAGCGGCUUGAUGCAGUUCGCCGCGCUCGGCCAAGUCGUGACGCCGUACUCGACGACGGACCUCAAGCUGUCGCUCGUGUUUCUCGUGUUGGCUCAUGCGUUGCUGAGUCUGUUCAAGGGAUUGCUCGAACUGGCGCAGUCAUGGCAUCUCCUCAAGGCCGCAUUCUCCUCUUCGACUUCGACUUCUUCUUCACUCCCUUCCCGGCUCUCGUACGGAUCGGCCCUCGCCCUCCGUCUAGCAUGGAACGGCACGUUCGCCGCGCUCUUUUACGUCAUGAUGGCGGAAGGGUCGGGGAGUGGUGUUCAUCCGUGGCUCGAUCGGUUCGCGGUGUUGGGGCCCGUGUUCCUAAGCCCGGGGGCGACGGCGCUUGUCGUGACCGCCGUCUCCCCCGCCGUCGUGCGCACGUCGUUCUGGAGCAAGUUUGUCCGCGAAGGCGACAGUUGCUACGUCGGCCGCAAUAUGACCCCCCCGUGGUCCUAUCGGAUCGUGUACAUUGCGUUCUGGGUCGUACUGUGGCUGUGCAAGGCGGUCGUGUCGUACUGGGUGCUCAUCUCACCGCUCAUGCUGCCUUCAUUGGCCAUCUACGACAUGCAACUCGACUACAAGACCCACGUCGUGUCGGUGCGCAACGCCGGCAUCAUAUGUGCAUUGUGGGCGCCCGUGUUUUUUGUGUUUUGCUACGACACGCAGAUCUACUUUACGAUAUUCCAAGCCAUUUACGGCGCCGUCAAGGGCAUGCGCAUGCACACGGGAGAGUACCAUGGCUUUACCGACAUUAGCCGCGCGUUUCGGAUGAUUCCGCAGCGAUUCGACAGCAAAGUCGUCACGGCCUUGGCGGUGGCGCAAGACCACGUGCCAGACGAGGACGGCCACCGCCGAUCCAUGCUCAUGGCGCGUUUUGUGGUCGUGUGGAACGAAGUGAUCAACUUUUUCCGGGAAGGCGACUUGCUGGACGACAAGGAAGCCGCGAUCUUUCAGUACGACGUGUCCGAGCUCACGGGCGAGAUCUACGAACCAGUGUUCUUAUCGGCGGGGAAAGUCCACCAAGCGAUGGCGAGUGUGGCCAAGAUACACCGCAAGAACCACCCGGGGCAGGAUGCGGAAUUGAGCGUGGAACUGCUGCUUCAUGACUGCAAUUCGGCGCUCAAGUCGUGCUUUAACGCUGUGCUGGUCGUGCUCGAGGCCAUGCUGGGGCCGGCCGACGUGAGCAUACUCGAAGCCUUCGACUUGAUGGAGCAGCUGGCGACCCAGAACAAGUUUAUCGCGUCGUUUCAGACCCAGCACCUUGUCGCAGUUUGUGCGUCGCUGGUCGAGUUCCUCGAAGCGGUGCUGGACCUGCCGCCGCCCGCCACCGCCGACUCGACCAUGUCCCCCAUGCAGUCCACCAAAGCGCACCCGAUGCCCAUCGUGCUCGAGUUUGUCAAGCGGUUUCAUACGUUUCUGCAUGCGACGACGUUGCUGUGCGCGGGCCAGCCCGUGAUUCUCGAAAAGCUGGGCGCAAGUCACUUUUGCUCGCCCACAAACGGGUACAUGGCGGCGGCCGAAGGGCUCGUGAACUUGUGCGCGAACGACGCGGCCAUGUCCAAUGCGACGCGCGCGCUGCUGCUGCUCACGCUCGACACGUCCGACGCGAUGCCGCGGUGCUCGGAGGCCAAGCGCCGCCUCGGGUUCUUCAUGAAGUCGCUCAUGAUGGACAUCCCGCAGCUGUCGGCGGUCAAGGAGAUGCGGUCGUUUUCGGUUAUGACACCGUUUUACGCCGAGGGGGUGCUGUACUCGCUCGAGGAGCUCAACGCCCCGCUGGAGAAUCACCCGAUCUUUGGCGCGGUCGAAGAAGUGGGAAAAAACCUCACGAUUCUCAAGUACUUGAUCACAAUCCACACGGCCGAGUGGGAAAAUUUCCUCGGGCGCCUGGACGUCCAAUCCGAAGCCGACGCGCGGCGCGACCACCCGCUCGAGCUGCGCUUGUGGGCAUCGUACCGAGGGCAGACGCUGGCGCGGACCGUGCAGGGCAUGAUGCUGUACGAAGACGCCAUCAAGAUGCUGUACUGGCUCGAGAUUGGGUCCGCCCCAGACAAAUCCCAAGAUCAAAAGCGUCAGCUGCUCGAGGAUAUGGUGUGCCUCAAGUUCUCCUACAUUUGCGCUUGUCAAGUGUACGGUAAACACAAAGCGGAAGGCAAGGCGCAGGCCACCGACAUGGACUACCUCUUGCGUACGUACCCCAACUUGCGCGUGGCUUUUGUCGACGAGGCCGUCGAUGCCGCUAACGUCAAGACGUUCUCGUCCGUGCUGAUCAAGAGCGAAGGCGACGACAUUGUCGAAGUCUACAGGUAUGACCUUCCAGGGAACCCCAUUCUCGGUGAAGGCAAGCCGGAGAACCAGAACAAUGCGCUGCCGUUCACCCGGGGCGAGUUUCUCCAAACGAUCGACAUGAACCAACAGCAUUACUACGAGGAGUGUCUGAAGAUGCCGAAUCUGCUCGCGACCGCCGACAUGCACCCGUCGGGCCAGCCCGUGAGCAUCAUCGGCAUGCGCGAGCACAUUUUUACCGGCAACGCAUCGUCCUUGUCCAAGUUCAAAUCGUGGCAAGAGCUUGUGUUUGUCACGCUGAGCCAACGAGUAUUGGCGGACCCCCUGUACUGCCGCAUGCAUUAUGGCCAUCCAGAUGUGUUUGAUAAGGUCAUGUGCCUCACGAGGGGCGGCGUGUCCAAAGCGUCCAAAGGCAUCAACCUGAGCGAAGACGUGUUUGCUGGCUUCAAUACAACCCUCCGCGGCGGCGUUGUGACCCACGUCGAGUUUAUGCAGUGCGGCAAAGGACGCGACGUGGCGCUGUCUCAGAUCUCCAUGUUUGAAGGAAAGCUGGCCAACGGCGCCGGCGAGACGUGUCUGGCGCGGGAAGCUCACCGCAUGGGCGCGUUCCUCGACUUUUUCCGACUGCACUCCAUGUAUUACUCGCACACGGGCUUUUACUUUGCCACGUGGCUCACGAUCGUCACCGCGUUUGUGUUUAUGUAUACAAAGGUGUACAUUGCGUUGACGGGGGUACAAGAGCAGAUUGUGUUUUCCAUGAACACGACGACGCUGAUAUCUCAAAAUUCAGACAAGGGCUUUGACGCGCGCGCGUUUCACAACUUGGACAACAUCAUCAACACGCAGUACUACAUCCAAGCGGGGCUGUUCCUGACGCUUCCGCUGAUCGCCGUCUACUUUACCGAAGCGGGGAUCCGCCGCGGGUUUCUCCGUUUCUUUAACAUGAUCCUCACGGGCGGAUGGGCGUUCUUUACGUUUCAAGUGGGCACAACGUCGCACUACUUUGACCUGAACAUUGUGCACGGGUUUGCCAAGUACCAAGCGACGGGGCGUGGGUUCAAGAUCACGCGGGAGACGUUUGUGCUUUUGUACAAGGCGUACUCGGGGUCGCAUUACCGCAAAGCGAUGGAACUGAUGGGGUUGUGUGUGAUUUACGGCACGUACGGGUUGUUUUCGAUCUGCCAAAAGGCGGCCGUGUCCGAGGUCAACACGUUUGGGCAGCAGUUUUGCAUCACGGCGCAGGGCUAUGGAACGCAGACGUUUGCGAUCUGGUUCAUUUCGGCGCUGUGGCUGCUCUCGCCCUUCUUGUUCAACUCGGACGGGUUCGACUACGAAAAGACCAAAGUCGACAGUAUCGCAUGGGCCAAAUGGAUGUACGCGACGGCAGACGACAAGUCGGACCUGGACAAGGUCAACCAUGGCGGAUGGAUCGGCUGGUGGCAGGGCGAAGUGGACCAGUACAUUGGCGCCAAGGGCAUCUCGAGAACCACCGUGAUCGUCCGCGAGUGCCGACACUUGCUCGUUGCGUGGUAUGUCAUCACUUUGCGGUACAAUCCGAUCGUGUUGCUGUACACAAGCCUCGCCGUGGUGGCCACCCUCGGCAUAUUCCACGCAUGUACGUACUUUAAAGGACUCGGCGCGUUGUCGUCGAGUGUGCGUGCGACAGUGUACUUGUUGACCGUGUCGCUGGUUCUGGCCUUGUACUUGGUGCUGACGAUGGUCGUCUUGUCCAAGUCGGCGGGCGACGCGCUGGCCAUCUUGUACGGGUACUUUGCGAUACUGUACGCAGUCAACGAGAUGGCGCGGGUAUGUGCGUUUCCAACGUGGUCCAUCUCGACCAUCGGUAUGUUUGAGCACUUGGCAUUUCUGUUUGACUUUCUGUUUGGCGUGAUGAUGCUCGUGCCGCUCGUGGUGCUAUCGGUCGUCCCGUUCAUGAACAUCAUCCAGACACGGAUGAUGUACAACGAAGGCUUUUCCCAAGUCAUGUCGGACUCGUCGCAGUAUGCAUUUUCUAUUGCCGGCAUGGUGGGGCUCGUCGGCGCCGGCGCGUGCGGCUGGCUCUACUACGUGCUCACAACCCUCGACUUUUCCGGUUCAUUUCUCGCGUACACGACGCUGUACGACAUCUCCAUCGCCCCCACCGGGUCCACGGCGUACUAUGUGAUUGCCGGCGCCAUGGGCGGGUCGUGGCUGUCGGCGGCGUGGGGGUUCUACUUUGGCCGACGCGCGACCAUCUUCUGCGGCGGCGUGGUCGCGUUCGUGGCCAUGUCGCUCGUGUCGGGCACGGCGUCCUUUGGCAAGGCAGUGUUUCUGCCGUCGCUCGUGCUCUUUGGGUGUGCGAUCGGCCUCCUCUUGCCUGCGUUUUGCCUCUACUGCUACGAAAUCUCGACCAGAGACAUGCGCCCCAAGAUCAUGCUCGUGCUCGCGGUGGGGUUCAUCUUGGGGUCGAUGGCGGCCAGCUAUUACACGCACAGCAACGCGCUUGUGUGGAUGUGGCAGUGCUUUUGGUGCUUUCUCGUCCUGGCGUUCCUCACGCCCGUGAUCAUGCUGCUGCCCGAAAGCCCCUACUGGGUCCUCCACCGACUCGGGGCGGACGAAGCGGAAGCGUGCCUCGUGCUGCUGCGUCGCCGCACCGACGUGAUGGUCGAGCUGACCGCGAUGAAGGAAAGCCAAGCGUACCGCAUUCCCAUGUCCAGUUCAGUGUACAAGGCGGCUGUGGGGAUGGGCUUGACUGUCGUACUGUCUCUGUCACUACUGCCGCUCAAUAUUUACGUGGCCCGGGUCGGGUUGGGGUACGGGCGGGCGCUCCUGCUGACCAACUGCCUCGCGGUGGAGUUUACAUUUGCCUUGUUUUCAUUUGUGUACAUUGACAAGUUUGCGCACAAGAUGGUGCUCAUGGCCGCGCUGGUCGUGAGUGCGGUCGUGCUGGUGUUCGUCGCCAGCCAAGAUCGCUUUCAGCUGUUUGGCCAGCCAGAUCAAACUGCGCUUGUGGUGCUGUUUCUCGUGCUGUAUGCGGUCAAGGGCAUGGGGCUGCCUGCGACAAUGUGGGUCGGUUUCAUCGGGCUGUUCCGGACCCGCGGUCGGGUCGUGUCGAUACCGAUCUACUUUACCGCGUUCUUUGGAGCCCACGUCGGCACAACGUACAUCCACCUGGCGUCGCCAUCGACCCGCACGUCGGCGUCCAACGAGUUUGUGUGGCUGUACUGUCUCAUGGGCGCCAGUGUGGUGUUGGUGGUUGGCCUAUUUCGCCUUGCGAAACGAUCCAAUGGCAUGCUGUGCACCGUCAUGGAGAUGAACCACGAGCGCGAGAUGGACGAGGCCCGCCAACGUGCCCCAAGCCACCCGCGGCGCCGCGCCUACACGAGCAAGCAGGGCUCCCGUCGGUUUGGCAACCUGACGUUGUCCCCGCGCAACCACUCGGCAACGCCCCGAGGCAGAGCACACUCCCGCAAGGGAAGCGAUAUCGACACGCCGUACCAGCAAGUGACGGAAGCCGCCGUGUAGACGACGACAUAUUGACGACUUUAUAGUGAUAUAUAUAUAUAGGUAGUGCACAUAACUGGACCAAUAUAAUGCGAUUGUAAAUAGUUUGGACUGCAA